AUGGAAGUGACAACGAUCAUGUUCAAAUGGAGACGUACACUUUCUUGGGAAGGUAUAGUGACGGGGAACUUGUAUUUUUCACAAUUGCACAAAUCAUCGUACUACUUUAAACAAAUUAUACGACCAUAUUACAUAGUGGUGAUUUCUAAUUACAAUGCGAUUAAUGAGUUUUCUUCAGCAACAAGUACCUUUGACAUGUCUUCAGCUGUGUGGAUAGUGAUGUUCAUUUACAAAGAACAUGGUUCCGAUUAUUGUCACAAUCCACCAGGUAAUAUAUUUCAUUUAACAUUCAACACUGAAAUGAUGGUUCGUUGUGGUACAGAAAAUAUUUUACGAGAAUGGUAUUCGAUCGAUACGAAUCAAAUUGAGAUCAAUGAUAUAGCUACUUGGAGUUUGGAGAGAGGAAUCACUAAAAUGGUUCCAGAUUUUAUUUACCAACGAAGAAAUAAUUUAAAAGGCUUAAUUAUGAAAGCUGUUACAAUCAAGGAUUCACCAUUUGUAAACGUCAGAAAGAGUGGAGAUAUAGACGGUAUAUUUGCUGAAAUAUUGAGGGAAAUUUGUAUUACUCUUAAUUUCAGUUUCAACAUUGUCUCGGAAGUAGAAGAGUAUGGAAGAUGGAAUCCAAAAAAAAAGAUUUGGACUGGAGCAAUUGCAGAAUUAUAUGCAGGUCAUAUUGACAUUGCUCUUUCAGGUUUUUCUAUUACCAAUGCGAGAUUGAAUGUUGUUGACUUCACGCAUCCUGUUUUUAAAACCAAAAACUUUCUCGUUAUUCGAGAACCAGAAAAAUUCCGGAUUAAAUGGUCAUCUUAUUUUCUAGCUUUCAAUCAUUCUGUUUGGUUUGCUAUAUUUGGAUUAUUAAUUGGUACAUCGAUCUUCCUGAUCUUUCUCAAAAUGAAAAAUGGAACCGAUCGUAAAAUUGGAUAUUUAUUUUUCGAUAAUUUUUUAGAGAUUUGGGGUAUAUUUUGCCAACAGGGACUUGUUGAUUUCUCGCAUAAAUCUUCGUUACGAAUAGCAUAUUUCUCUAUAUUUCUUUGGGUUACUGUCUUAUGGGCCGUAUAUUCAGCUGCUUUGAUAAGCUUUUUAACAUCCGUUAUCCAUGUCUUACCAUUUGAUUCAUUCGAGCGUUUCGUUACAGACGGUACUUACCAACUUGCAGUUGUUCGUGGUUCUGCUUUUUAUGAUAAAUUUGCAAAUUCGGGAGAUCCGUUUGCGAAAGAGGUGAUGAAGUUGAUGCUAGAAGAUAAAAAUUUGCCCGAUACUGCAGUAGAAAUAUUGAAGAGAAUUUGUAAAAAUCGGAAAUUAGCAAUGUACACGUAUGACGAUAUAAGAAAGAGGGUAAAUGACAAAAUUCUGUGCAAUGUGGUUCUUAUUGACACUGGACAUGUAAGCAAUUUUGCUAUAACUUUAUCUAAGGACAGUCCAUUUACUGAUGUCAUCAAUUUUCAGUAA